AUGGCACCAGAAAUGAAGACACUGCCAGAUCUGCAACCAGCACCACAUUGGCGACACAUGCAACUCCCAGUUACUACACUUCCAGUGCCGCCGACAGACUGCGUCCAUGGCCUGACUACUGAUCGUAGUGUGAAACGAUUGGACAUCGGCCGGUUAAAACACCUGCACCAUGAAUGCGGUAUCGAUUCCCUGAUCCAGAACUACACUCGCGCGAUCAUGGCGGUGACUGGUCAAAAUCACAUUGCCUUUUGGAUAACUGUGGACGACGAAGGAUCAACUGCCAAACGUGGUGUAGUCAUAGCAAAAUGUGCAACAGACGAUACCAUGCCGCAGUGGGAGGCGUUCGAGGCCACCUUGGAGGACUAUACCGAGAGGUCAGGGACCAUGGAGUUUGGGCUCUGGAUCAUGCGUGCAGGAGAAAUCGACAUUGAUCCGGAGAGCUCUGUCCGAUUUGCGUUAUAUGUCAAUCUUGAAUCGUCGUGGGCAGAGUUCAAGUAUCCAGCAGAUCUGCAGUGCGGAGCAGAUAUAACUAGCAUUGUUCGGCAGCUAGAGGUAUACUUAGAAUGUAUAGAAGGAGAAGGGGACAGCACACAAUUCUGGAGCAAGGAACUACAAGACUUUGUCACCAUCCCAGAGAGGCAAUUUCCAACUCUCUCUUGCGAACGCGUGACGGUCACAUCAGCGACUCUUCCCAUUCUGUCGCAAAGUCUUGCCAUGGGCACAACUUGGGAAGAGCUGGAGUCUCUAGCGCAACGGCUCCAGCUGCAGUCAACAGCUUCAGUGGUUCGUGCAGCGUUUGCAUAUAUCCUCGCCGAAUAUCUCGAAUCCGAUAAGGUGCUGAUAGGGGAGAGAGUUUCGGUGGACGUCGAGCCUACACAACCCGACACAGCCGUACCUGUCCCAAUCUUUGUUACUCAGCCUACCGCUGAAGACUUGAUCCGUCAAAUUGAUAAUUCUAUCGCGAGGAUAGCCAGAGUGCAAACGAUAUCCCCAGACCGCCUUCUGGAAAUUCUUAAUUGCCCUUCAUCGCCGGUCCCGUACAAUGCCUUCUUCACGUACCAUCAGGCGAUGGGACCCGGCGAAAAGGCCGAAGAUGAUGAUACAAGAUCUGAAUUUUCCAUGGCCUCUAUUGGGUUAUGCCUUGAACAUUCACAGCAAGGGAUACCAUCUUGCACUCUUUCCGCUAGACGGGAUCUGAUGGAUGUAUCUCACCUGGAGCUAGUAUUGCGCCAGAUAGACUCCUUGGUGACGGCGAUACUUGCUCGGCCCACUGAAUCGCUUCAGGACCUCACUCAGACACUCCCGGAAGACCUCCUUUCCUCACACUCACCAUUGGUGAGUGAGGAGCUCCGACAAGCCCCUCACCUAUCGCCGUCUCACUGGGUCGACCACUGGGCGGCGUCGAAUCCUACCUGGGUUGCCUUGGAAGUCAUAGAAGCAAUCAGCGACGAUAGUGUACUAUCCAAGAGAUGGACGUACCGCGAGCUUACUGAGACAUCUGAUCGGCUCUGCACAUGGCUCGCCCACCAAGGAUGGUGUAAUCGAGUCAUCGCAGUUUGUCUAGGCCGCUCAUUCAUAGCGUACGCACUGGUACUUGCCAUCUGGAAAAGCGGUAAUUGCUACGUUCCCAUCGCGGAAGAUCUUCCUGAGGCCCGCCAGGUGUUUUUGCUAAGCGACAGUGGUGCUACUGCACUAUUUGCCGAAAAGGAUACUGCGACAAGUCUCAUACCUCCAGACGACUGCCGGGUGAUCGACAUCAACGACCACCAGUUCCUUGAAGAGCUGGACACUGCUGAGGAAUUAACGGUAACUACUGCAAACCCAACGGAUAACUGUUACCUUCUCUACACCUCUGGAUCUACUGGCAUGCCUAAAGGAGUCCUCGUCAGCCGGGGAAAUCUAUCCGCCUUCACUGAAGCCCAGUCGGAGUAUAUCUGCCGGGAUGUUCCAGACACGCUGGAAUUGCAGGGCAAGGGCGGCUAUCUCGCGCACGCUAGUCGGGCCUUUGAUGUGCACAUCUGCGAGAUGGUACUCGGCUGGCGCCAUGGGCUUCGCCUGGUCACUGCGCCACGGACCAUGAUUCUGGAUAAUCUACUACAGGUUCUCAGACGAUUGAGGAUAACCCAUGCCGGGUUCGUGCCCUCCCUCCUCGAACACACAGGGGUGAGCGCUGAGCAGUUACCUGAUUUACGAUAUCUGGGAGUUGGAGGGGAGAAGAUCUCGGAAACGAUCAUUGAACGGUUCGUCGGCAAACCGCGUAUUGCGCUGGUGAACGCAUACGGCCCUACUGAAGUCACAAUCGGGAUGUCUAGCCAUACGGUCACAGCAACAUCUACAGUGCGCAAUAUUGGGACCGCCGUGGGCAACAUCACGAUUCAUGUUUUUGAGCCGGAAACAACAAAGUAUGUCAAGAGAGGUCAGGCAGGAGAACUCUGCGUGACAGGGGAUUUGGUCGCGAAUGGAUACCACUGCAGGCCCGAUGCGCAAGGCUUUACAGAUUAUCGGGGGCAACGAAUGUAUCGUACUGGGGAUAUAGUACGUUUGAUGGCCAAUAACUGUAUUGAGUACCUGGGCCGACGAGAUAGCCAAGCCAAAGUCCGUGGCCAGCGUCUGGAACUUGAGGAGGUAUCCCUCGCCGUCCGUCGGUGUGCGGAUCGCCCAGUCAAUGUUACUUCGAUGGUGACGCCUUCCCCGAUCACAAAACGUCCUCAGUUGGUGGCCUUCAUAAGCCCGUCGAGGGACCGACCGGACGAUCUCAAAACGCAGCCAGCGUUUUUAAAGGCUGAAUAUCAGGCCUGGGUGCCGGGAAUUCUAGAGCGUUGCCGUGAAGAACUGCCCGUCUAUAUGGUGCCUAGUGUUUUGCUCCCCGUCAGCUUCAUACCCAUCCAGAUUUCAGGGAAGGCUGACAAUCGCCGCCUGGUGGCCCUUUAUGAAAAAAUACCGGCGUCGGACCUCCACCUGCAGACGCGAAUGUCCGCAGCCAGGGCGCCCGAGCCAGACUUACAUGCUGUUUCUACGUCAUUGACGACAGACGAAGAGAAGAUUCGUGACAUCCUUUGCUCGGUCGUGUCAGUGGACCGCAGCACGGUGAUGAAGACAACCAGUAUUUUUCAAUUAGGGAUUGAUAGUCUCAGUUCUCUCAGUGUCGCUGCGAAGAUGCGAGAGGCAGGCUACCAGUGCGCAGCGGCGGAUAUCCUUGGUAACCCUACGCUGGCACAGCUAGCAUCUUUGCCACUUUCUCGUGCAGACGGCGGCCUGCAGUCUAGUAAGUAUUUGUGGACAAGCCAGCUAGCUGAAGCUUCGCGGCGCUUGGAGUGCCUGGAUCAGUCCUUCCGACAAUUGCAAAAUAACAUCCCAAACUCCUCUAUUGCUGUCGUCCGGCCAUGUUUGCCCCUUCAGGAGAGUCUUGUAUCCAGUUCCAUGGGAAGCCUGACCCCUCUGUAUGUCAAUCAUAUCAUGUGUCGCAUAGGUUCCGACAUUGUGCUAGGGGACUUGAGGUUAGCAUUUGAGGAUCUGAUACAUGAAAACGAAAUAUUGCGCACAUGCUUUCGUGUCAUGGACGACAAGGUCGUUCAAGUGGUCCUGAAGCCUCGGGUGGCAAAGAUAUCUUGGGAACAGGUUGCUGUUGCGGACGAAGAAGCGGCCCAAGUCUAUUUCCGCAAUCGCCAAACCGAAGUCGCAAUCAAGAUCGUUCGCAAUAUCGAGAGCGAAGCCCCGCUCCAUAUUGUAGCUGCUUCGUCAAGCAACAAUGCCCUCCCGGGGUGGUUGAUGCUGUCCAUUCACCAUUCCAUAUUCGACGGUGCCAGUAUGGGUGUCUUGCUUGACCGGCUACACCAUCAUUACACUGGGAAGACAGCCAUGCACACCAGAGACCUCACCCCUCUUUAUAGGCAUUUCGUCACACCUCCCCAAGAAGCAGCCGAACGAUUCUGGUCUAGCUAUCUCACUGGCGCUCGUCCCAGUAUCGUGGAGGCUGACAGCCCCUCCAACGCUUCUUACGAGAUAAUUACAGAGGAAUUACCUUUCAAGCUGUCCAUGAUCUCUAAAGUUGCUUCCAAAAUAUCCACCACCACCCCAAUUAUCUUGGAGACUCUGUGGGGAAUAUCAUUGGCAAGGUAUUUGGUUGAGACGGACGUGAUAUUUGGUCGGAUCAUGAACGGCCGAAGCAUACCGGUCGAGUCAGUCGAAGAAAUGCUGAUUCCCCUUGUAACUACUGUCCCGAGUCGACUUCGGCUUCCCUCUGGAUCGUCAAGCCUAGUUGACCUGAUCAAGGCCCAUACUCAGGCUAGCCUCGCAUCUCUACCUUAUCAGCAUACGGCACUCCGCGACAUUCAGCGGUACGCGCAAGCCCCUGGCCCAUUGUUCAACUCCAUGUUCUCCUAUAUAGCAACUGCCCCAACAUCACCCGCAACUGCGAUGUUGGUGGAAAUGGAUAGCGUUAUGCCGGCCGACUACCCCCUUGCAUUAGAAAUCAAAGCGGAAUCGGAGUCAGACAAAGUGACUUUGCGGUUGAGAGUCACCCGUGGCUCUUGUCUCAAAGAUAGCGCUCGAGGGCUGAUCGACGUCAUGUGCAUCAUUCUCCAAGGGUUGAUCUCAAAUGGAGAUGUUGUCAUUGAAAACGAAGGAAGGUCUCAGACACAGGAACGACAGGAGCCAAAAUGGGAUGAAAGCCGCUGGACUGAAUGGGAAACAAAACUCCGCGAAGUCGUGUCUGAGAUUACCGGCCUUCCUGAAUCCCAGAUUUCAAAGAAUAUUUCUUUCCUUGCUUUGGGAGUUGACUCAGUUAUUACAAUCCGUAUGGCUCGUCGCUUGCAGGAACAAGGCCUCAAAGCGUCUUCUAGUGAUAUUAUGCGGUAUCCCUCGAUUGGUGCUCUUCAUAAUUAUCUGCAAAAGUCUAAUGCGGUGCCAUCCAUAUCACCAGUGAAGGAGAACAUAUCGGAUCCCAGUAUAUGCAUUGACUUGUUCCAUGAAGACGACUCGAUUGUCGAAACAUACCGCUGCACGCCUUUGCAGACCGCAAUGAUUGGCCAAUGUCUGAGCUCUGAGGGCAAGGCAUAUGUUCACCACCAUGCAGUCAUCUUAGACGGCUCAGUCGAUCUUGAACAGUUGGCUAGUGCGUGGCAAGAGGUUGUGGGACUCGCAGAUAUUCUCCGAACGACAUUCCACAGGAAGGAAGCCAGUCAUGAUUUCCAGGCUGCAGUUCAUCAACACUCUCUUGUACAAUGGUUCCAUCAACCUGCCGUCGAAUCACUAUCUGAAGCGAUUGAAGAAAUCUCCCAGCGUGUAGCGUACCCCGACAUCAAAAGCUUUCAAAGGCCUCCGUGGCAAGUCACGAUCCUGACUGGGAUCUCCCAACGGCUGAUGGUGGUGACUAUGCAUCACUGCCUCUACGAUGGCUUUUCUCUGCCACUGCUUUUUGACUGUGUAGAUAAUGCGUAUAGAGGCCUGUCAAACCACGUUGACUCAUUUGCCUCUGCAGCACGCAAAGUCACAAGCACCGAGGAGUCAUCUGUGAAAUUCUGGGCCGAUACUGUCAAAGGCUACCGGUAUUGCAAAGUGCCACUCCCACCAACUGCUGCAAUAGAGCCCUGUGUCCAAUCGGCUGAGGCUACUGUGCGGAUUCCAGUCACUACUUUGCAGCAUCAAUGCCGCUGUCUUGAGGUUACCUUGCAGACUGUCGCUCUACUCGCGUUUGGUCGGUCCUUGGCGACACUGAUGGGCCAGCGGGAUGUGAUAUUCGGUCAUGUAGUUUCUGGACGAGGACAAGGUAUCGAUGGUACAGGAUCGAUAAUUGGUCCACUUUUCAACACAGUGCCGUUUCGCCUGGUACUCGAUCCAAUUCUUCAGAGUACCCGUUCAGUCCUGCGUCACAUCCAGCGCUUUUCUGCCGACGCCCAGAGUCAUCAGCAUGCGCCACUGAGUCUAAUCCAGAAGGGCUGGCGUCUGGAUAGCCACAGUGAGGCUUCCUCGCUGUUUGAGACCCUCUUUACCUUCAAUAAAUCAGGGAAUCAAGACACUGCGUCUGUUUUUCAGCCAUACCUUGCUGAGCGUGCACCGGACACUCCUCAUUAUCGAUUAAAUGUGGAAUUUGAGCAAAGGCCAGACUUUCUUGUGGUACGGGCGUCGUCCCGCGAUCUCCUAUCAAAUGGCGAUGAGCUGGAUGCCUGGUUACAGACUUUAGCUCUUGGUUUGGAGAAGAUCAUUUCCCAUCCAGAUGCCCCUGUGCUGAGCUUUCCUCCUGAGCUCAGGGCUCUACCUCUGGCUACUGGUUCUAUUCAGGAUGUAGGCAAGCGGCCUACGGAUAUUCGAGGUCUGGAGAACCAUGCUAGAAUCAUCAAACGAAUCAUCGGAACGGUUACACAAACACCGAUUGAUCAGAUCCACGAGGACAGCAGCAUUUUUGCGCUGGGCGUGGACUCUAUCUUAGCAAUCGAUAUCAGUGCUAAGAGCCGAGGGGCUGGACUGAAACUCUCCGUCAGUGACAUCCUUCAGGGAAGAACGGUCCAAGGAAUUGCGAUGAUUGCCGCCAACAAGAUAAAAACACCCUCUGUCCUGCCGGAGACUAUCACUGAUGGCAGAUCUACCAUCAGUGCAGACGCAAAGCAACAAGCAUUAACUGCCUUGUCUUUAGGGGAAGAUGAAGUUGAGGUCGUCUUGCCCUGUCUCAGCGGCCAGAUGUUCUAUAUAUCUUCUUGGCUCGAUAGUGGUCGACGACUGUGGGAAUUCACAUUUGCAUUUACCAGCCGCGUCCGACUGGACCCGGGGCAAUUAGACCACGCCUGGUUAUUUCUCCAGCGUCGACAUAGCAUUCUUCGAACAUCAUUCGCCGCCGUUUCUGCAGAAGAAAUAGUGCAGGUGGUAUGCAAGCCGUCCAAGGUAAAUCGAGGGCUUCGCGUGGAGAGUCAGCCAUCGACGGGAGAUCUCCAAUCGACAAUCCAAGGCCUCACUCGCGAUAUUGCGUGCAGUCCGUCUGAUCUCUUCAUGCCUCCGGUUCGCCUUUGCCUGGUACAGCACAAAGACUCAGACGCUCUUCUGCUCACAAUACAUCACGCGUUGUACGACGCCUGGACGAUCCCGAUGUUGAUCGGAGACCUAGAGGCCUUGUACCUGAGCAACUCCCUCCCACCCCAUAGUAGCUUCCCCGCUUUUGUGCAUCAUGCCCAGCAGACAGCCGGUUCUACACUUGCCGAUGCUUACUGGAAGCCGGCACUCGGGGCUGGCCAGCGUACAGUGUUGGGAAGAAACACCCCCAGCGCCGCGAACCCCUCACAACUCCUCUCAUCUCAGCUCAUUUACCCUCAGGAGCUUAAGAUUGUCGAAGCUCGGUGUCACCAGCUUGGCGUUUCCGUGGCCUGUCUUGUCUUACUAGCCGUCGGUCGUAGCUUGGCACGCACCGCAGACGUGACUCAUCCUACGUUUGGUCUCUUUCAAUCCGGGCGUUCAAGUGAAUAUCCGGAGAUACACCGUGUAGCAGGCCCGACUGUGAAUAUGUUACCGUUUGUGAUCCCAGAUGCCCUUACCCGCCCUAUGGUCGGGGCCCUCGAGGCUAUACAGCAUGAUCUAGGCCAACGUGCUAUCCAUGAUCAGACCAAUCUCCGACAGCUCCGCCAGAGAAUGAAGGAACUUGGCAACGACCUAGAAUUCAAUGUCCUUCUCAACAUAGUCUUCAGUAAAUCCACGGACAAUUCAACCCGCGAUGCGACUGAUCCUCUUUUCACCCCGUCACCCAUUGGUUUUGAGAAUUACUUAAGUGUUGAACAGCCGCUGGCCGGUGCAACAUCUGUUGACAAGUUCCGGUGUGAUUGGCUCCCUUGUGAGAAAAAUAUAUACUUGGAGGUCAACUACAACGAAACAGAUGGUGAGCUGCAUUGGAAGGUUGACUACGCAGUAGACUCAAUGACGACACUUGAGGCCCAGACGCUUUUGGAAAAUAUUGGACAGGAGAUGAAUCUCAUUAUGGGAGACUCGUGA